CCGUACAGACCGGAAAAGAAGAGCAGCGUUAUCUCGAUUAUUGUACGACGGUUCGCGGUUAUUUGUACAACGGCCUGAUUACAGAUGUCGGACUGGGAGGAUGAGUAUGACAGGGACGGCGUUGCAAUUGAGAAGCCUGCCCCGAAACCUACCACACAUUCCUCUUGCUUACCUAGAAAUGACCGACAGAGAGGAGGAAGUGUUUCUUUUGGAGUAAAAUGUGGCAAACCCGCAUUUGGAGAGUUCAAGGAGCGGAAAGGUGACCGCGGCAGGGAUGGAUACGAGUUCAGGAAUCGGAGAGGACUAGUUCACGGAGGUCUUCAGGCUGAUAAGUCGGAGUCUUCUGCUGUCACAAUCACAGUGGAAAGUUCCUCUAUCGGAAGGGUGAUAGGUCGAGGCGGAGCAAAAAUUCGUGAACUUGAGGAGAACAGUGGAGCAAAAAUCAAGAUAAACAAAGGCGAUUAUGAUGGAGAAGUGGUCAUUUUUGGAUCCUCAGCUGCUCAGCAAAAGGCCAAAGAGAUGAUCGAAGACUUGGUAGCAAGUGGCGACUCUCGAUUUAGCAGUCAUGGUGGUAGAGGAGCAUACUCUGAUGCAGGAGGUUAUGGAGAAAGGUUCUGCGGAAAAGCAGAUCAAGGACCAAGCAAUGACUCUGUCUGGUCCAAAGCAGCUUUAGAGGCCUCAAAAGUUGCUCCGUCUCCACCAUCCAUAGACUGGAAUGCUGUCCGGGAGAACAGGAAGAUCUACGCAGAGCUCAAGUGGAAAGACCUACCACCCAUUAAGAAGAACUUUUACACUGAAGCAGAAAGUGUGUCCGUGCUCUCUCCUGAGGAAGUCAGUGAGUGGAGGAAGGAAAACAACAAUAUCUUUGUGGAUGACUUGAAGGAGGAGGGGCCGAAGCGUCCCAUUCCUAGUCCCUGUCGCACAUUUCUGGAGGCCUUUGAGCUUUUCCCAGAGAUCAUGGAAAACAUUGAACAAGUUGGCUUUGCCAAGCCAACCCCUAUCCAGUCUCAGGCAUGGCCGGUAAUCCUCAUUGGGGAGGACCUGAUAGCGAUAGCUCAAACAGGAACGGGGAAAACUCUGGCUUACCUGCUGCCAGGGUUCAUCCACAUGGACGGGCAGCCUGUACCGAGAUCUGAGCAGGACGGUCCAGGCAUGUUGGUGCUGACUCCCACUAGAGAGCUGGCCCUCCAGAUUGAAGCGGAGUGCAGCAAGUACCAGUACAAGGGAUACAAAAGUAUUUGUAUUUAUGGAGGAGGUGACAGGAGAGGCCAGAUCAACCUGGUUCGGAGCGGCGUGGAUAUUGUGAUCGCUACUCCAGGACGUCUGAACGAUUUACAGAUGAAUGACCUCAUCAAUCUUCGCUCCAUCACUUAUGUGGUGUUGGAUGAGGCUGACCGCAUGCUGGAUAUGGGCUUCGAACCCCAGAUCCUGAAGAUUCUUCUGGAUGUACGUCCGGACCGACAGACUGUUAUGACCAGCGCCACUUGGCCCACAGGUGUGAGAAGACUGGCCAAAUCCUACCUGAAGAAUCCCAUGAUGGUUUACGUGGGCACCCUGGACCUGGCUGCUGUCGGCACGGUGCAGCAAAAACUGCUUAUUGUUCAGGAAGAGGAGAAAAAGUCCUAUCUGUUUGACUUCAUAAGAAGCAUGCAGCCCCACGAUAAAGUCCUGGUCUUUGUGGGCAAGAAGCUCUUAGCUGAUGAUCUAUCAAGUGACAUUGCUCUGCAAGGCAUCGCUGUGCAGUGUCUCCAUGGUGACCGUGAGCAGAGUUCCCGUGAAGAGGCACUUGCUGAUUUUAAAGAGAGCAGGGUUCGCAUCCUAGUCGCCACAGACCUGGCUUCUCGAGGGUUGGACGUCCAUGACAUCACACAUGUCUUUAACUAUGACUUCCCACGGAACAUAGAGGAGUAUGUCCAUCGUGUGGGUCGUACAGGCCGAGCAGGGCGAACAGGUGCUGCCAUUACUCUCUUAACCAGAGAAAACUGGAGGAUGGCCCCAGAGCUGAUUCCCAUCUUGGAGCGAGCAGAACAAGAAGUCCCUGAGGAGCUGGUGCUCAUGGCAGAAAGGUAUGAGAAACACAAGAGGGAGAGGGAUUUGAAUAACCCAAGAGGAGGAGGAAGAGGAGGAGGAUGGGGAAGGAGAGGUGGCAGAGACCGAGACUGGGGAUUCUAAUACAUUCAUGCAGCAGACAAGGAGUAGACCGAGUGAACCUGUAUAUCUGUAACUGACAGGAGUUUCUUUUGGAUCUGUGUAUAUAUAUUUCUUUUGGAUUAUAUUUGGCUGUAUUUCAUUGUUGCUUAUUUUUGAGAUACACAAUUGUUUUAAAAAUGUUUAAAUGUUCAGGAGACUAGUUCUACGCCUUUUAGUGUGUUCUGUGUGCCCCCUCCACCACAUUUAUGUUACAUAUUCAAUUUUGUGUUCAUUGUUUGAUUUGGGGUUGGAAAACACCCAAAUAAAAUGGUAUUCUACAAAGAUGUCA